UUUCUCGACAUUUUCAGUGUUGAAAAUAGUUUUGCUUGUUGAUGUAUAUUUAUUACAAAUAUUUUAUUUUUCCUUUUCCUUUUUAGAUGUGUGAAUAUAUAUGUGGAAGAAAGCUUAGAUCAAGGGAAGCUAGUAAGAAGGUUGCCAAAAAACAGAAAGAAAAGACAGAUGAGAGUCACUGAAGCAAUUUAAAGUUGCAUAGAAGAGAACAGAAAAGAAGCUCAGACCAAAAGGAGAGCCUUGAAAAUUGUUUUUUAAUUGAUUGCAUAUGUAAAAGGAUAAGCAAACUAUAUAUAGUAGUAAUUUUAUGUAUAAUCUUUUUUUUAAAUUCUACUUUGCAUAUGAAAAUUCCUAUUUAGUUUUUGUUAGGUUUAAAAUUAAAAAAAAUAAUUAAAAAAAAACAGGCCACCUUUUCAGGGAAGUAAUUUUUAUUUUAGUGAUAGCUUUUUAUUUUUUAAAAUAUAUGCAAAGAUAGUUUUCAGCAUUCACCCUUGCAAAAUCUUGUGUUCCAUAUUUUUUUCUGCCUUCUUGCCUCUCUUCCCCCUUCUUCUUGACAGCAAGUAAUCCUACAUAGGUUAAACAUAUACAAUUCUUCUAAACAUAUUUCCACAUUUAUCAUGCUGCACAAGAAAAAUCAGAUCAAAAAGGAAAAAAUGAGAGGAAAAAAACCCAAGCAAACAACAACAGCAACAAAAAAAGACUUGGCUACUAAUGAUUCAACAAACAGAACAGCUUAGCAAAAUAAUGAAGACACAUGCAGAAGACCUUAACUCUGGACCAUUACAUAGGCUCACUAUGAUGAUCAAAGACAAGCAGCAAGUGAAGAAGAGUUAUAUAGGUGUUCACCAGCAAAUUGAGGCAGAUAUGUUCAAGGUCACAAAGACAGAAUUGGAGAAAUUAAAAACAAGCUAUAGGCAAUUAAUAAAAGAAAUGAAUUAUGCCAAAGAGAAAUAUAAAGAUGCUUUGGCUAAAGGGAAAGAAACAGAGAAGGCAAAAGAUCGUUAUGACAAAGCUACAAUGAAACUUCAUGUGUUGCAUAAUCAAUACGUAUUGGCUUUGAAAGCAGCUCAGCUUCAUCAGCAUCAGUAUUAUGAUAAUACACUUCCUCAACUCUUGGAUUCGUUACAAAAAAUGCAAGAAGAAAUGAUAAAUGCAUUAAAAAGUAUAUUUGAUGAAUACAGCCAGAUUACCAGUCUUGUUACAGAGGAAAUAGUCAAUGUCCAUAAAGAGAUUCAGACAUCAGUUGAACAGAUUGACCCUAGCACGGAAUACAACAAUUUCAUAGAUGUUUACAGAUCACCAGCUAUUGAGGAGCAAGAAAUUGAAUUUGAUGCUUCUUUACUUGAAGAAAAUGAAAGUCUUCAGGCUAAUGAGAUCAUGUGGAAUAAUUUAACAGCAGAGAGUUUGCAAAUAAUGUUGAAAACUGUUGAAGAAGAAUUGAUCCAAACACAACAGAUGCUUUUAAACAAGGAGGAAUUAGUCCUGGAACUAGAAAAGAGUAUUGAAGAAUCUUCUAAGACCUGUGAAAAGAAGUCUGAUAUUGUGCUUCUGCUGAGCCAAAAACAGGCACUAGAAGAACUAAAACAGUCAGUACAGCAGUUAAGAUGUGCUGAGACCAAGUUCACAGCACAAAAAGAACUCCUUGAACAAAAGGUGCAAGAGAAUGAUGGAAAAGAGCCACCUCCUGUCUUCAAUUAUGAAGAAGAUGCUAGAUCCGUUACAUCUAUGGAAAGGAAGGAAAAGUUAUCUAAAUUCGAGUCACUUCGCCACUCCAUUGCUGGAAUGAUUCGGUCUCCCAAAUCUAUGUUGGGCUCUUCAUCAUUCUGUGAUGUAAUAUCAGCAUGUGACAAGCCAUUGGUAGAACAGGAUUGGUACCAUGGUGCAAUUCCCAGAAUAGAAGCACAGGAACUCUUAAAGCAACAAGGAGACUUCUUGGUUCGGGAGAGUCACGGGAAACCUGGUGAAUAUGUCCUGUCUGUGUUUUCAGAUGGACAACGAAGACACUUUAUUAUACAGUUUGCUGAUAAUCUAUAUCGGUUUGAAGGAACUGGAUUUACAAACAUUCCUCAACUUAUAGAUUUUCAUUAUACAUCAAAGCAAGUCAUAACUAAGAAAUCAGGUGUAGUCCUGCUGAACCCUGUUGUUAAGGAUAAGAAAUGGGUCCUUAGUCAUGAAGAUGUCACAUUGGGAGAACUAAUAGGCAAGGGUAAUUUUGGUGAAGUGUAUAAGGGAACAUUAAAGGAUAAAACUCCUGUUGCUGUAAAAACUUGUAAAGAAGAUCUUCCUCAGGAACUGAAAAUAAAAUUUUUACAGGAGGCCAAAAUACUCAAACAAUAUGACCAUCCUAAUAUUGUCAAGCUUAUAGGAGUUUGCACACAAAGACAACCCAUCUACAUCAUCAUGGAACUUAUUCCAGGAGGUGAUUUCCUUUCCUUUUUGAGAAAGAAGAAAGAUGACAUAAAACUCAAACAUUUAGUGAAAUUUGCAUUAGAUGCUGCUUCUGGUAUGGCAUAUCUUGAGAGUAAAAACUGUAUACACAGGGACCUUGCUGCAAGAAACUGCUUAGUAGGGGAAAAUCAUAUUCUGAAAAUCAGCGACUUUGGAAUGUCUCGUCAAGAAGAUGGUGGCAUAUAUUCAUCUUCUGGCUUAAAGCAAAUUCCCAUCAAAUGGACUGCUCCAGAGGCCCUCAAUUAUGGAAGAUACAGUUCUGAAAGUGAUGUGUGGAGCUUUGGUAUCCUUUUGUGGGAAACUUUCAGUUUAGGAGUCUGUCCAUAUCCUGGGAUGACCAAUCAACAUGCUCGGGAGCAAGUGGAGCAAGGAUACCGGAUGUCAGCUCCUCAGAAGUGUCCUGAAGACAUUUAUAAAAUAAUGCUGAGAUGUUGGGACUACAAACCUGAAAACCGCCCCAAGUUCAGCGACCUUCAGAAAGAGCUACUUACCCUCAAGAAAAAAGUGACAUAGGGAUGAAGUUAUGCCAGACACCAUCUACAAGACUCUAUUUCCCAACAAAGUAAUAUUUUUUCCCUCAUACAAAAUAAGUUUAUACUACAUUACCUGCAGUAGUCUAGAGUUACUUUUUUAAAUUAAUUGGAUUUUUUAAUGUGCCAAUUUGAAAAUGUCCUGAGCAUAUGCAUUUUAAAAAUGGACUGUUCUGCCAAGUGCUGCUUAGCCAAUCACAGCUCUUCUGCUGUACCUGGCCAUCAACCAUAGAAAAGCACAGCCUAUAAAUGUAAGGGAUCAUGGAUCCUAUCUGUUUGACAUGGAUUAGCUACUAUUGAUAUUGCAUAGUUCAUAGUUUGCUCAAUUCAUAGUUUGCUGCCUUAAGUCACAGAGAUCUAAUACAUUGGUGCUAUAAUCUUAAAUGGUGGUGCAUAAUUGGCAGACACAUUCCAGCACAACCUUAUUUAUCUCAUGACUAAGGCAAGAUUAUAUUUUUAGAAUAUUUUCCCAAACUUCUAUUUUCUUAAUAGCUGGCAUCACUUCAGUUGUCAAGGUUUGAAAAUGCAAAAAUGUUUUCUUUAAAAAAUAAUACACUACUACAUUUUACAUUUGAAAA